AUGGAAGAGCUUUAUUCUGUUGUCGUCUGUACAGGGGAAGGCAUUGAAAACUUCUGGAAAGUUCUUCAUGAGGGAAGAAACUGCGUUGUGGAUAUCCCACCAGAUCGUUUUGAUACACAAUUCUGGCAUGAUCCCGAUGACAACAAGCCUGGAAAAAUGCGCACAAAGCGAGCGUCUCUCAUUGAAGGGUUCAAUUUAUUUGAUUAUAAGUUGUUUGGCAUAAAUGAAACAGAAGCCAACUGCAUGGAUCCACAACACAAGCUUCUCUUGGAGUGCACGUACAAAGCGCUCGAAAAUGCAGGGAUGCCCAAGGAGGAUCUCAGUGGGAGUAAAACAGGAGUUUUUAUUGGGCUCAUGAAUCGAGACUUUGAAGCGAUAAUGAAUAAUUCAGCCAACAGAAUCAGCCAUUAUAAUGGCACUGGUACAGCAAUGAGCAUAGCUGCAAAUAGGAUUUCGUUCACCUUCAACUUUACUGGACCAUCACUGGCUAUAGACACAGCGUGCUCUUCAUCUCUGGUCGCUCUACACUACGCUUCUCAGGCCAUCAAACAAGGUGACUGUGAGAUGGCUGUUUGUGGAGGAGUGAGCUGCAUCAUUGAACCACGUGUCAAUGUAGCACUCAGUAAAGCAAAGAUGAUCUCUCCAGAUGGAAUGUGCAAACCAUUUUCUAAGAAAGCUAACGGGUAUGGGAGAGGAGAAGGAUGUGGAAUUCUUCUGUUGAAACCACUGGCAAAGGCACUGAAAGACGAUGAUCACAUCUGGGGUGUCCUAGUGUACAGUGCUAUCAAUCAAGAUGGAAGAUCAGUUACACCUAUCACCAGACCCUCACAAACACAGCAGGAAGAACUGUUGAAAUGGAUUUACCACAGAUGUUCCAGCAGCUUAUCACAGUCACUUGAUGGAGCCAAUCAUACAGCAGGUAGAAGAGAAAUACCUUAUGUAGCUGAACACAAAAACAAUGGAGUGCCCAUACUUCCCGGUGCCUUUCAUGUAGAACUUGGUGUGGCUUCCGUCCUGGCAAGUAUUGAACCAAAGAUACCACUCACUUUGUGCCGGAUCAGCGCAAAGUUUCUGAAUCCUUGUAUAAUCCACCAGAACUCAGUUGAGCUCAAAGUGCACCUCAACAGAGAAGAUAAACUGAUCAAAUUUAGUGUUUUAUCAACUUCUGGCAUUUAUGCCACAGGGGAGGUACUACAGGUCACUGAGUGUGUAACUGAUGAAAGUAAUAUCUCGGUUGAGCAAAUUUUCCAAAGAUGCAAAUCGAAAGCAAAGCCAGAGGACAUCUAUAAAGAACUCUCUUCUUUAGGCUUUCAGUAUGGAUCAGUUUUUAGGCAACUUGGGGAUAUCUUCUAUGGAGAGAAUUUGAAGGAAGCUAUAACAUGCAUUAGAGUACCAGAAGAGCUCAUGUCACAGAUUCAUCAAUACUCCUUUCACCCAAUCAUUUUAGACUAUUUUCUACAAAUGGCUGCUGUUGUAACAAUGAUGUCUGCAGUCUCCACCAUAGGAUUCCCCACAUCUGUAGGGAGCUUGGUUAUUCAUCGCCCUUUACAACAAGAAAUGCUGAUGUAUCUGAGGAUCAGUAAAAUCACUCCAGAUUAUCUAGAGGUCUGUGGGGGCUUCACAGAUACAAAGGGCAUAAUCAUUGCCGAACUGAAAAAUAUCAGAACCACAUUUCUAACCGUGAACAAUGGAGGAGGAAUCAAUGAUUUGUUCUAUGAAAGUAUCUGGGUAGAAAUUCCUCACCUUCAAGAGGGCAAAAAUCUUGCUUCUGGCCCAAGAUCACUCGUGUUUGGUGAUAACUAUGGAGUGGCUGAAAGCCUCAAGAAAUUCCUGCACAGUCAGUCCACAUAUAUUCCUUACCAGGAAUAUGACAAUUUCACUGGUACAGAAGUUGUGGAUCUUCUGAGAAAGUACAAUGCCCACAACCUGAAUAGCUAUGAGGAGGUGUUCUUCCUGUGGGGGACUGUAAACCUGACUGACCAGACCAGCACAGCAGUGGUGCAGGAGGUCAGUAGCUGCUGUGAGAUUUAUCGUCAGAUCAUUCAGUUAGUUCGAGGGAAAAAUGGCACAAAAUCUGUUAGAGUAAUAACAUACAGGACAUCUGAAAAAACAGUGGAUCAAAUUACUCCAGGGUUUGCCCUGUGGGGUAUGACGAGAUCAUGCAAUGCAGAAAUUCCAGAGGUUUUAUUUCAGAUCAUUGAUGUCAGCUCUAUCAGUGAUGCAGAUAUGGCAGCAUUAGCUAAUGUAAUAGUCUUGUCUGAUGGGGUGACCCACCCUGAGGUAAUGAUCAGCCAGGGAAUGUUGCAUGCUUCCACGAUCACACGAACAUCCCUUAUAAUCUCAGACAAUACCAAUGGUGGGACUUCUUAUUCUGGUUUUGGAAAUGUCCUUUUCCAGAUCAUGGAUCCUUACAAUGUUGUGGAUUUGCAUGCCAAACCUCAAGAGAACAAAAUGAGUGCACCCACAAAACAAAGUGUACACAUUGAAUUGGAUGCAAUUUGCAUGCAUUCAGCGGAUUACUUCCCAGUUAGUGUCUCUGAUCUAAACUAUGGGAAGACGUUGUACUGGAGCAAAAGUGUGUUUGGUGGGCACAAUCUCGUGGCUCUGGACUUUAGUGGUACAGUCACUGCUGUUGGCAGUGAUGUGAAGAGUUGUAAAGUGGGAGAUCAUAUUGUUGCAUGUUACCCGGUUCCUGCAGCUUCAAAUGUCAGCCUUCCUGCUGUUGUUUGUUUCAAAAGCAAGAAAGUACCAUUGCUGAAGGAGAUCCCUUGUGUGUCAUACUUCACAAUAGCAUGGGAAAUAUUCCAUAAUCUCUUACCAAAACCCAAACAUCAGAAACGCUUGGUAAUUGUUUCCAUGAUACCUGAUUCGUGUUUGAGUAAAGUCUUGUCUCUGACAGCCAGGGAGUCUGGCUGGAGAGUUCAGGUUUAUCCACACUCCAAUGACCUUGUACAGAUUCCAGUUCACUGUGAUGCUUUGGUUUUAUUGCCACCUUUUGAAAAAACCUCUAUUUCAAAAUAUGUCAAUGGUUCUUCUGCUCAUAUUGUUGUUCUCCUGGACAACAAGCAGAUGCUUGAUAUUUCCCAAGACAUUCUCCAAAAUGAAAAGGACAAUGUCUGUAUUCAUGUUCUGCAGUUAGCCAGUAUAUUUCAAAAGGGCUAUCUCAUGAAAUCUGCAAAUCGUAUCUAUAAAUGGAUGAGAACAAUGUAUUUAGGGACGAAACGUUUUGAUCUAUCAAAAAUGAUCUUCCAGCAAAGAAUAUCAGACAUGGUUGAGUGCAGGAAUGAGUCGUACUUUACAUGCAGAGAUGUCUCCAUUGCAGUUCUGAAGAGCACCACCAAGACUAGGAUGUCAGAGAUUCCAAUGCACUGCAGACAAAAGCAGCUCUUUAAAAGUGAUGCUGUGUAUAUAGUUGCUGGAGGACUUACCGGUCUUGGCUUUGAAACUGUGAAAUUCAUUGCCAACCAUGGCGGUGGCUAUAUUCUUGUUCUUUCAAGGAGCUCUCCAUCGAAGGAGAAGCAGGAGGAAUUUAGCAAACUACAGAAUGAAAUUGGGACAAGGAUCAUUUGCGUGGCCUGUGACAUCUCAGCUCUGUCAAAUGUCGAGAAAGCAAUCAGUAAUUUUCUUCACUCCUUCCCAAAGGUUUCUGUUAAAGGAGUGUUUCACAGUGCUGUGGUCUUACAUGAUUCACUCCUUCGAGAUCUAAAUAAAUCAUUGUUUGAUAAGGUUCUUGUUCCCAAAAUUGCUGGGGUCUUGAAUCUUCACUAUGCAACACAAGGCCUCCAGCUGGAGUACUUUGUGUGCUUUUCCUCAGUUGCUUCAUUCUUUGGAUCAUCUCUACAGGCUAACUAUUCUGCAGCAAACUCAUUUCUUGAUUACUUUGUCCACUUUAGGCGAUACCAUGGGCUUGUGGGGCAAUCUGUGAACUGGGGAGCACUGAAUCUCGGGCUGCUGCUCAAUAAAGACAACAUUCAGAAAUUUCUGGAGUUGAAAGGGAUUUUGACAAUAGAAAUUUCUGAAAUCAUUAAAAGCUUUGAACGUUGUUUGACCCUGAACAAUCCACAACAAGUAAUCUGUAAAUUUGAUUUCUCAAAUAUAUAUGUUAAUAUCUCCCAAAACCCAUCAAGCAAGAGACGUUUCCAUUCAAUUGUGCAGGAAGAGAUCAGCAAAGGAAAUGUCAAAGUGGUGGUCAGUGAUUCAUCAAUACCUCCUGAACAGUAUAUAAUAACCUUGUUGUCUGAAGUGAGCAACACAGAUCCUACAGACUUUACCAAAGAAUCUACUCUCUCCAGUUUUGGCAUUGAUUCCAUGAUAGGAAUGACCAUACAGAAUCGGAUUCACCAGGAAAAGAAUGUCAGUGUGCCACUAGUAACAUUUCUUGAUCCAAAAUCAACAGUGUCCACUCUGGUAUCACUGUUUGAAAAGGAAAGUUUCCAAGUUCCUUCUGGGGAAACAUCUAUGCCAUUGAACAAGUCUUUCGAGGAAGUUCCUGAUGAGUUUACUCAGUUGUAAAUAAUGCAUAAAUAAUACAGCAUUUUACAGCACUUCCUCAAGUCAAAUCAAGAUUAUAUUCCCCAUUCGCUGGAGAAUGAUAUUUGAUAAUCCUGUCUCAUUCAGAAUAGAUAAACUUUUCUGCCGCUUUCAUACAGAUUUUAAUUUUGUAGAGUUCAAAAUCCUCAUCCUCGCAUUCAAAGCCCUCCAUGGCCUUGCACCUCCCUAGCUCUGUGACCUGCUAACCCGACACGGCCUACGUUCAGCAGUCUAGGAGCAUAGGAGCAGAAGUAAGCCAUUCAGCCCCCUGGGCCUGUUACGCCAUUCUAUAAGAUCACGGCUGAUCUGAAUCUCUACUCCAAUUAACUUGCCCAUAUCCCUUAAUACAAUUCUAAUAAUAAUCUUCACGUUUUCUUG